GACGCGGAUCCGCCUCGCGUCAACGUUUAAGCUAUAAUUUUCAAAAUUAAUGGGCAAAAACAAUAAUUUAUCCAUCGGCAGCAAUAAUAAAAUGACCUCCUGUCAAAAUUUAGGGGAAGAUCGAGUCUGAGAGCUGUAUUUAGACUUCAGCGCAGACCUUGAUUGAGGCGUAGUCCAGCGUCGUCUUCCUACUCCUCCUCCAAUCAUUGUUUGCUCAAUCAAGGAGAAUUAGGACGCAAGAUAAGGAGAUCAUGGGUCAAGUGGAGAGCAAGAAACCGUCAGUCGUGGAUGCUGCUGACCAAUCUAAAUCCUGGCAUUCCUCCUCAGUACCUUCUCCUCCAGUUGACCGACAAGAUUAUCGAAGUUUUUCUGCUCCUAUGAACUCGCUUUCUGCAGAAACUGCAGCAUAUGACCGUGAUGAGAAUAAGUCUCUUGAAGACAUGGCUAAGAAAGCGCUUGAAUGCCCUUGCAUAGCAGACCUGCGAAAUGGGCCGUGUGGUUCUCAGUUUUCAUCGGCAUUUCUCUGCUUUCUCAAAAGUACUGCUGAGGAACAGGUUGGGUGAACCUACUUUCAUCCACGGGAGCUAACUCCGAUGGGCGGCAACCCCGGUGGGUGGCUUGUUUAUAUUAUCUCAUAUAUUCAUUUAAAUAAAUUGGUAUAUACAUACAAUCUUUACAUGAUUAUAAACAAUAUAUUAUACUUGUUAAUUAUUUACAUAAUAUAUUACAAAACAAAUAUUUCUGUUAGGUUUAACCAAUUGCUUUAGACUUAAUAUUUUAAUGUUAUUAUUAUUCGUUCCAGUUGAUUUAUUGAUGAAUUGUGCAUUAGUUUGAGUUUUGAGGAAAAAGAGAUCAUACUGUAUCAUACCUAUUAAUAGUAGCCGAUACGUGUUGUGUUAUUGUUGUAUGUAUAUAUAUAUUGUACAUGACAAGUACCAAUUAAAACUGGUGAAAUUAGUUACUACACUCAAAACUGGUCUUAUUGGCCGGUAUACCAUUUUACUUUUUUUAACCCAAAAAAUUUUUGAACUUCUGCUAAAAAUCUGUAUUUUAGUUUUUGUUUAUUAAUAAGCUGUAAAGACUAAACUACAAAAUCCCUAACCCUGACAUCUAAAUUUUUAGACACACUCUUUCUAUCUUAGUCUCUCGGCUAGAAACAUCUUACUGUUGCAUGGCUCGAUAAAAUUAUUUGAUUUUCUUGUAUAUUCUUUUUACUGUAAUGUUCUUGUUUCUACUUCCAAUUUUUCAGUGGGUUACUUAAUAUACUGAAGGCUAAAGAUUUAAAUAUAUUUUAUGUUAUUUGAUUUUCUUUAGGAACUAUACUUCUUUAAGAACUGAACCGCUGGCGAUCAUCAGCAGCCAUGUCAAACGACAUAUGGCAGCUGACAGAAAAAACAAGUAUUAAAUUUGUGUCACGUGUUAACUACAGUGAUACAUAAUAUAAUUGUUAACAUGUUAAAAUGCUAUAAAUAGAAAGAUAUUAAAUUUAAUAUUUUUUAAAAUUACAUAAACUAAACUAAUAUAAAAUUGAAGUAGAUACUAAAUUGAACAAAAAUUAAUAGUAUAGGGACUAAAUAUAUAUUUAGCCCUUUGUUACUUUAGUUCCAACCUUUAGGAACCAACCAACAUUCCGUAAUCAGCUUAAUCUUUUUUUAGUUUUAGGAAUAAAUUAGAAUUCGAGUAGUCAACUUUAAACUUGUAUAAAUUAAGAGAUGUGGUUUCAUUAUUUUGGGAUUAGUAUGUUAGGUUAUGAUAUUAUUAAUGAUUAGAAUUUUAACAAUGUCAUUAAAACUUUAACUAUAUUGUAAAGUCGUACACGUGCCAUACUCUCUUUUUUA